UCCAGAUUGUUUGUAUAAUUUUCCUUUUUUUUUUUCUUUUUUUUUUGGCCACUUUGCGCAGGCUUUGUGAUCAUUUUUUGUCGUCGUCUGGUGUUGCCUGCGAUUGACUCUGAGCUUGGUUUAGAAAGGCCGCUGAUUUUUGACUCCACUCUUUUUUGUUAACCAAUGCCUGCCGCUGGACCUGCCGCCGCCACCGCUGCUGCCUCGCGUGCCAAGCCGCCGCCGAAGCAACAGGCUUCGGAAGUAACCAGCGAAGAAGACGCUUUGGCGAGCCUCGAUGGCGCCAUCGCCAGUGGGGCCGACGCAAAGCUCGUGCGACGCACCUCAAUGUAUACCGCAGCCAGCGUGUCCAACAGCAAGCUUGCUGCUUCCACCAUCACCAGCACCAAGGCGCAGGCUGCGCUGACGGCUGCAGCAGCCCAGGACCAAGCCAGAGAGACGGAGAACUUUGUUGCAAUGCGCGCACGCAUGGGCACCGCGACCAACACUGGCGGCCAGCGGCAAGUUCGCGACAAAAAGUAUCACUUUGCCGCUGGCUCGAACAUGGCCGUUGAAGUUGACAUGAAGCAGUGGUACCGCCUCGCAUCGCGCGCCGACGAUGAGAAGGUGCUCGAAAUGGUCAAGAAGGAGCCGCUGUUGGCUCGCAUGCACGAUCCCUUCUUUGGCUACACUGCGCUGCACUGGGCCGUCAAGUUUGGCAAGGCGGACUUGGCGCGUCGCUUGCUUGCCCUCGGCUCGGAUUCCAACGCCCAAACCAAGGGUGGAUUCACGCCGCUGCAUUUCGCCUGUGCGCAUGGCUACCACGAAAUUAUCAAGUUGCUCAAGGAACGCGGUGCGAACGACCUCAUCUCUGACAACGCUGGCCGCUCGCCUUGGGAGGUGAUGAGGCAGCAACGCUACGAGGUUGUCACUUCGAUUGUGCAUGAUCCGGAAGGUGUCAAGCGCGCACACGCCGCCGCCGCUGCUGCUGCUGCUCAAGCCAAGGAUGGCUCCUUUGUGCCCGACCCGACUGGCGCAAGCUUCUCAAAGAGCCUGUCCGUGGACGAAUCACACUCUGGAGCGACCAUUGUUCGCCGGACCAGUUUCACUCGUACCAACAUGUCUGGCGUCAUCAAGCCAGGCGGUCUGUCCAUCCAGCGCUCGGACGACGCGACGGGCAGCCACAACAACUUGGCCGCGCCCGGCACUCUCCAUUCUGGCGGCGGCAGCACCAGCAACCUGCACAAGCCGGCACGCCGCGCGCCGUCCAUGGAGCAAGAAGGAGGUCACGCACUCAAGAAGGGGCAGUCCAUGAAGGAUUUGAUGGAGACGUCGUUCGAAGACUCCAAUCCCGUCGACAUGGUCCAGCAGCGCAAAAACGUCCUGUCGGGCCGGGCCGAAAACGACUUUUCGCCAUCCAGCGGCCUGUCGACAUCCAGUCCGAAUCUGGCCGUGGCAUCCGAUGCUCGCAGCCGAACCGGCUCGACCAGCGCGCUCUCGCAGAGCCGCGAGCGCCUUCCGUCUGCCGCUGCCCGCAUCGGCGGCUCUGCGACACCUCCUAUUACACCGCAGCCCGACCAAGCCGCUGAAAAGGCUGCUGCGGAGCAGAAGGCGGCCGAGGAAAAGGCGGCUGCUGAAAAGAAGGCUGCCGAUGAAAAGGCUGCCGCCGAAAAGAAGGCUGCUGAUGAAAAGGCUGCUGCUGAAAAGAAGGCCGCUGAUGAAAAGGCUGCUGCAGAAAAGGCGGCUGCUGAAAAGAAGGCUGCCGAUGAAAAGGCUGCUGCCGAGAAGAAGGCUGCUGCCGAGAAAAAGGCCGCUGCCGAGAAAAAGGCCGCUGAAGAGAAGGCCGCAGCUGAGAAAGCCGCUGCUGAAAAGAAGGCUGCCGAUGAGAAGGCCGCAGCGGAAAAGGCCAAAGCUGCUGUCGCGACACCUUCAGCGACGCCCGAGCCGAGCAAGGAUGCUGCAGCAAAGCCUGCGACAGGAACACUCUCGAAGACCACGUCAAAGACUGAUGCGAACUGGAUGACGCAGACGAGCGACUACGAGACGCAGCUCCAAAACAAGCUCGAAGAGGAACUCAAGAAGAAGGCGGAGGCCGACGCCCGGCGGAAGGCCAGCCGCGUUGUGGCCGCUCAAUCUAGCGUGGAGUUGCCGGAAGACGCCAUUUCGUGGCGUGGAAACAGGACGCGUCCCAAGCGGAAUACGGACAAGAACGCCGACAAGUUUGGUUAAUGCACUGCGCUGUAGUGUUGUGUGUGUGUUUGUUUUUUGUUUUCUUUUUGUUUGGUUGUGUCGUUUGACUUGCAAUCUUUCGACACUGCCAUCCCCUUGUGUAGCUUUUGAGUCGUGCUUUCGCUUGCUCUGCAUUCUCCCUUCAGGUGUUUGGCUUUGCGAUCAAUGUGACUUUUUUUUUUU